ACAAAAAACAAAGUUGGUACAGCUUGUGUUCAAAAACAUUAACAGAACUCUCACUGUCUCUAACUAAAACCGAAUACCCAAUUGUACAACAGCUCUUAAAUUUUCAAAAUCACCCCACAUACCAAAAAAAAGAAGAAGUAAGCUGUUAUAUCAGUAUUCAGUAAUGCAGUGAAGGCACCACUUAUAGUAAACAAAGGGCUCAGCUUUUUCAAAACCAAAGAAAACCAAGCUAGAAAGCAGUAAGUGAGAGAGAGUUUGGUGCUUGCAUGGAGAGAAUAUCAAUGGGAACAACUAUAACAAGAAGGGCAAAAUGGCAAUACCCUCCAGCACAACCGACGCCAAGAAUCCUUCAUUUGCCACGCAGGCCUAGAAGGAAAGCUCCAAAGCCAAGUCCUUCUAAACUGCCCAGUGCGCAAAAGGAGAGAAAAGGGAAGCUGGAGAGCUUGUUUGAUCAAGAAAGGUCUUUUACAAGAGGGGUUGUUCCAGUGGUGCUGGUGAGUCCAAGAGAGAGUGAUGCAGAGAGGAGGAGAGAGAGAGUGGAGGAGGAGAAGAGAGAAAAUAGUGCUGUAGUUUUGGUUGAAGAAGAGAAGUGGAGGUUCCAAGCUGAGAUGUUGAGAGCAGAAUGUAAUUUGUUGAGGAUGGAAAGAGAGAUUGCUGUUAAGAAGAUGGAGAGAAGAAGGGUGCAGAUGGAGAGGACCUUGAAAUCUGCUGUCCAGACUUUGCUUUCUGGAAGAAAGAGUAUUUAUGAAGGAAAAAAUGUGAGCUUGGUAUUGGAGGAGCAGAUCAAUGAUUUGGUGGAGAAAUUAGAAAAGAUGCAAAAGAGAUCAGGAAUAAAAGACUUGGACGUUAAAAAAUGUAGUAAUUUUGAUAAGCAAGCAUCUUUUCUCCAAAGGAGGCUAGAGAAGUUUGGAGGAAUCUCUGAUGAAGAAAUAUGUGUGAAGGAGAUUCGAGAGAUGGCAGAAGCAAGCUUGUCAGUCAAAGUCAGUAGCGAAGCAGAUGAGAACUUUGUUUCAAAUCGCAGCAGCAAUGUGGAAAUUUUGAGAAGAAGGAUGGAGGGAUUGUCAAAGGGGAUUCUGUUGGAGAGAAUGAAGGAGGAAUAUGGUUCAAUGCUCUCCACAGCUAACAGUUCUGCUACCAGUUCUGCCUCCAGUUCAAAGAGGAUCGAUUUUUCUGAUUUAUCCUUGUCACCAAUACAGCAAUCAUACAAGGAGUCAAUGCCCCAUGAGGCAAGAGUGUGUUCAGGACAUUGCAAGGCCAUAGUGCAGGGGAUUGUAGAGGAAGUUCGUGCUGAGACUGAACAAUGGUCCCAGAUGCAGGAAAUGCUGGGGCAGGUAAGGGAUGAGAUGGAAGAAUUGCAGGCAUCUCGAGAUUUUUGGGAAGAUCGAGCACUUGAUUCAGACUAUCAGAUUCAAUCCCUGCAAUCUGCUGUGAAAGAAUGGAGACAGAAAGCUCUCUCAUCUGAAGCAAAGGCUAAUGAGCUACAAGAACAAAUAUCUGUGCUUAAUGAAGAGAUUGAGAGAUUGCGGAAGGAAAGAGAGAGAAAAAUAGUGAGGGCCAGAAAUAGGUCACCAAUUAACCAAGAAGCACAAAAUGAAACAGAGAAGCGGAUACUUGUGUGUCACUUGAAGGAAAACCGUUGUGCGAAUGAUGAUGGUUGCAAUCAGAAGGAGCUCGUAAGAGAUGGAAGAAGAAAGACGCAGACAUGCACUGCUGGACUUCUCCCCAGACGCUCACCCCUCAGAGAAAUUGGCAAUAUCUCAGCACUGAUGAAGCAGCAUGGUGAAGGAAUCUUGCCAUUGUUUUGCCUUCAUAAAGAGGAAAUGAAACGUUCAUUUUAGAUGACCUGAAACCUGAUCAACAAGGCUUAUCAAAUUGUUGGUUCGCAGUUUCACCAGUACAUUACCUUAUGAGCCACACAAUUCAUGAGCAGUAACAUCACCAGAGUAGUUUUGAACCUUUUGAUUAUUUUACUGCUUCUAACUUGCCUUCAGGUGGAAUCUAUAGGAGGGGAAGUGCUUGUACACAAACCUGUAAAUCUAGUCUAACAAACAUAUUCUGAUGCCUACCAACAAUUUUGAAAAGCUGCAUCACUGUUACAGCUAUCGGACACUAGAUAAAUUAA